GUCACUUGCAUCAGUUGAAAAUAAACAAUUUUGCUGUGUGGAACUAAGUGAACAAAACUAAGCGAAAUGUCUCUUGUGCCGUAUUGGUUGCGCCAUUUGAGAAAUCUCACAUACCGGGAUCCCUUCAUGAGGGUUUUGGAGGAUCCGUUCCAUGUGUUAACCAAAGACCCGUUUUUCCGUGACCCCGUAAAAUAUAUCAAACAAGUGACGACUCCUUUGGAGGGCGAACAUCAUGGAAUCGAAGGUGUCUACGCAGAUUCAGAGGUAAAAAUCGACGGAAAGAAGGUUGAAGUGCAUUUGGACGUUCAGAAUUUUACGCCAGAACAAAUCCAGGUCAAGACGGUUGGUAACGAGAUCAUGGUAGAAGGGAAGAAAGAGAUUAAACGAGAGGACGGCUGGACCAAGAGCCACUUCGAGAGACGGUUUCUUCUUCCAGAAGGAUUCCCUCCAGAGCGCGUAGAGUGCCAUCUCGACAAAGGCAAGCUGAAGCUGGUAGCGUUCCGAUCAGAACCAUUGCAAGAAAGGACAAUUCCGAUCCAAGAUAAAACCAGCGACACUGGAAAAUCGUAAAAUUUCACAUAAUAUAUCGGACCGUACAUUUUUAUUUGCAAUCAUCGUGGAAUACUACUUUAGAUUAGUGAUAGGUUCAUUCGACUGAUUAGGUUAAUAUAAUUUUGUGAUUUUUUUAUUAAUAAAAAAUUAAUUUCAAAA